CCAUCACCCACCGAGAUGCUUGCAAGGAAACCAUGGUGUUACCAAUGUUUUGAACAGUCAACAUGAUCUGAGUGUAUGAAAAAAAUGGUUAUGAUGCUGAGAGUCCGAUCAAUUGUUUAAAUGUCAGACCGGUACUGUACUGACUGCUGUGGAUAAAACUGCAGGAGAUAACAUGGUGAUUAGGGUGACAGCUGUGCACAAAUAUGUUAAUGAAACUUUCAAAUGUCAUCAAAUCUGUCUCUGUCCUAACAUUCAGCACAGCCAAAUGCUACGUCUCCUUCUGCUGUAAUAAAAAUAAACAUUUCCUGAAUGAGCUCCUCUCUGAGCACUGAUGGACAGUGGAGAGCUCUGUGUCAGUUUGCCACCUGCUCCAUAGUGACAUGAAGUGUAUGCAUGAAUUUCAUUUGGACUGUGGCACAGAGCUUUAAGACAAUCAGCAUUCCUUGUCAGGCUGUUCCAAAGAAUUGAUCCGAGGUUCAGCCUUCCUCCAAUUUGACCACUCUGAGAUUUCCACUGCUCCAGUGAAGCAGCUGGUGUUAAACCUAAUGUUCAGGCGUCAUCACGCACUGUCACAAAGCUGUGGGUGACAUCACAGCAGCUCCACACUGUGCGUUCAUGCCAGGCGUGAACGCGUCUGUUAACAUGUCAUCAUCACGUCCUCCAUGUUUCCUGACACACAGUGGAAGCGGAAAGGAGAAGCCGCGAGUCGCUGUGUGCGGCUGAGUCAACCACAAAUGUGAGCACAUCCCAGCUGUUUUGGUUGUCUGUUGUCUCAUUGCCUCCUGAAAAACACACUUGCCCACUGAGUAUUGCGGUUACCAUAGCAACAGUAAUAGCGAUAGAGAGUGGGUUAGUGCUGUGGGAGGGUGGCAGAGAGGUUGAGCAAGAGAAUGACAUAGAGUGGGAAAGUAACACUAGCUGGGGUCAGUGUGCUUGUGUGUGAGUGAUGCAAAAACAUAAGGAUUGGAGAACAGAGCCAAAGACAUAAAUACAAAGAUGUUUUCUUUGUUUACUUCUACUCCACUCAUUCAUGCAUGCAUCAGCCCUGCUCUCCUCUCACCAGGUGGAGGGACAAUGACGCUGGCUGCCUGACUAUCUCCUUUCAUCAUCAUUCCCCCUCCCCCUUCAUCCGUCUCCCACUACAGCUGGGUAAGCCAACCAAUAAUCAGCUUGUCUUUCUCAUCUCUUGCAGAACACGGAUUUGAAGAUUGCAUCCCCACAUUUUUAAUCUGAUGUAGAAGAGGAUUAUCUCAAGGUCUCCUCCAUCUUGUGCACAGCCGGGGGCUGCUGAGACAAAGGAGGGAAAGUAGAGGAGGCUGUGGAGGAGAGAAGAGAAGGAUUUCAGGCAACGGGCUGAAUGCUGUGGAGUUAAAGACAGAGCGGGAGGGAGAGGUCACCUGUGGAAGAGAGGAGGAGGAGGUUGAUGAAGGCUUCUAAGGAGCUGCAUCCAUCACUCCACUCAUCUGCAAGGGAGAUGAAAGAGGGACGGACUGCGCAUCAGCAGCAAGUAGAUUACUGUGAAAGGUCUUUGAUGGCAGAGGCCGGGCAUCCUGUGAUGGAGCACCAACAAGGGGGAAGUGUUUCGAUGGAAUCAUCUCUCUCUGGUCAGACCCUCUUUGAUGCCUCCUCACAGUCAAUAAAACCCUCCAAAAUAGCUGGACAGGCAGGCCAUGUCUGCCCGGAGGAGCCAGAGGAUUCUUUUAGUAAGAUAUGUCCAGCAACUCCUGCGAUCAGAGAAUCUAACUGCAGCAGCGUGAAGGUCAGCAGACAGCCUGGUGAACAGGAACGAAACUCUUCCAAACACUGUGUCCCCCCCUUGGGUUCAGCAUCUCCUCCUAAUGUGGCUAACAAAUAUACACCCUCAUUUCACCACAAGAUUUUGGGGAAUAUAACUGAUGACCCCCCUCCGGCCAACAGGACUCUACAGAGUAUAAAGCCAGCCUCUUUGCCUGUUCACAGGAGUCACUUGGAUACUUUCCCUCUGGUUAAAGUUGCAGUACCUCCCCAGGUACCAGAUAGUGGUAUUUUUGAACUUGUUUACCAUGGAGCAGAUAAGAGUAUCCAAGAAGUUGAGAGUCUACGCACAUUAGCCUGCAAGCAACCCAUGCAGAUGCAACAUUGCAACAUUGUCACCACUCUUUGCCGAGGGACCAGUAGUAGAGAGAGUGGUGUUCAGCAGCCUCAGAGCAAGUGUGUAUGUGUCUUAUCCACUAAUGCAGAAGUCAACAUGGAGGGCAACGAAGAAAAGUGCCACCUUCUUCCCAAAUGUGACAAGGAACUCUGUUAUGGCUCCUACAUCCAUCAUGCCAAUUUUGAAGACACAUUUGCUGCCUACUGCCAUCCCAAGUCCAUCCAAGCCCCCUCCCAGCUGCUGCCACACUUGACAGGCAUAGAACCAAGCAGUGACAUGCAGCAAGCCACAGCACCUCCAUCAGUGACAACCCACCUUGGCCUGCCUCGCCUCAUGUCCUCUGUCAGUGAGACAGGCCUGGAUGCCAAACAUCUGCUGCGAUGCUGCGACUUCAACUGUUGUUGGAUCAGCUCAUUGCCUCCUGGUGCUGGGUCACCAUGCCAAAAACACUUCAGGGGAGAGGAUUGCUGCAGCAAUCCCAUUGGCCAUAUGAGAACCAUGACCCGGGACAUUGGGACACUGACAACCCCUAGAGAGCUAAGGGAUGUUGGGGUGCAGACAGGACAGCCUGACACACCUCAUGUGUUCCCCCAAAUCUGUUUGGCAGAGGAAAGCAGAAGUGAGACCUCCUACAGCAACACUCCAUCACUGACAAACACUGACAGUGAUGCAGGCAAGAAAACAGAUGGUAGUCCUAAGUCCCCAGUGAAGGAGGUGAAGUGGGAUGCAGAGGGGAUGACAUGGGAGGUGUAUGGAGCCUCCGUUGACCCUGAGGAGCUGGGUACAGCCAUCCAGAGACACCUGGAGCUGCAGAUCAAGGAGACAGCGAGUCGGGCUGCCAAGCUGUCACGCCAGAAUACAAACACCUUCCGGCAGAGUGGGACCACUGGCUGUCAGAGAAAGAGGAGCAGAAUGAUAGGCUCCAUUCGAACCUGCUUUACUCGCACCACUACAGCUAUUGACUGACUCACUAGCGUAGUGACUUAUGAGACAGUACCUGAACACUGUGUCUAGUGGCCUGCAUGGCUACUCAUAGCCUCAGCCUCAAAUGUCACUCAUCUGAUCUGAAGGUGUAUGGAAGAUGGAUCUGCAUACAAGAUCAUACAAGAUCACUGAUGCAGGUCCACAUUUAAUGGUGUCUGGUAAUUUAUAUUGUAUUCACUGAAAUGAGAAGACAGGGUUCUGAAAAGGGAACUAAUGAAACACUAAUGAGCCGUCAUUUGAUUCGAUUUUUGCAGAUGUGCACUACCAGUGUUUUCAGAGGGUCUCUCCUUGCAAGUGGGUGUAUAAGACCAAUUACCUCCAGAGGAUUGGUACCAGAAAAACACCUGUACAGUGCAAAGCAAUCUGAUACAACAGUCCUGCAUUAAACACGACAAAUAUCAUUAGGAAUAUAUGGGUUGGGAAAUAAUAUGUUUUAUAGUGAUACAAUUCAGGAUAUAGGUUUUGGUAUACCUCCCCCUGCUGGGGCUCCCCAUGGUGGUUUGAUUCUUGAGUGACAGGCAGUGACACAUCAGUAGACACCUGGCAAGAGGAGCCGUUGACAAUUUCUUAGCCUAACCUAACACUAAUCCCUCGUAGCCCAGUCUACAACCUCACAAACUCAGAAAAUGAUAAUAAAAGAAAAGUUAAAAAGUAAAAAUAAGGGAUAAAUUUAUCUGUGUUGUCAGAACAUGGAAACAUUAUGACUUAUUGAGUACAUGAUGAACAAAUUUAAGUGAAUACAUAUGAUUGUAUUUCACAAGCAUGAUUUAAACUGUCUUGGCUUGGUACAGCAAUGCAAUGAUUGUCAUUAUCAGUUUUUGUUUUGGUUGUGAAAAGAGACAGUAUUUUUUUCUUUUCUGUAUGAGCAUACAGGGGCAUCAUCAAUCUAAAGCUAUUGUUUUUUUUGUGUUUUUUUUAUAUACAACACAGAAAGCCUAACUACACUGGGACAUUUUAAAGGUUUUAUGUGUAACAUUCAGAAAACAAUAAAUCAAAACAAAACAAUCACACUGCUCGCGCUCUCACGUGUUGCGCGUUAACCCCCAAAUGCUAAAACAAUUAUCGUCCAAAACAAAAGUGUGAUGCUCAGUCUGAGAAAGAAAUUCAGCUCUGGAUGGCCUUCCCAGUGUAUGUUUCUAUAACCACCAGAAUGUGUUGAGUUUUGAAUGGGAAUAAUUGAGUCUGCAGAUGAGAGACAUUCUAGGUUACAACGUCAAGACCUGGAAUUUCCCACUGGAACUCAUGCAGCACCUUGAAUGACAAGCACAUGGAGAGGGGCGGCAUAGAGACUGACAGGGAUACUAAAGACUUCCGAUAGCCGUCCCACUUUACAAGACUUAAAGGGAUAGUUCACCAAAAAAGAAAAAUUCUACUCAUACGACUCGAAACUUUGUCAUUUACACCAUGUUUUCAGCCUAAAUGUUCGCUGUGAUCCACGCGCGUACGCGCUCCUCCUUCAGCCUUUGCACACCUCAGGAUAAAAUUGCUAAAUAUAUUAAGCGAAUAUGGAUGAAUUAAUAUUCCAUUAACAGUGAAGUACAUCAGAAAACGUCAAACAACUUUAGGUUUUGGAGGAAAAUUUCUCCUUCAAAAUAAUUUAAAUUUAAUAUUUUGACAUUUCGAAUAAGACAUGUCAAUGUAUUAAAAUAGUAAUUCAGAUAAAAUACUGAGCUGCAUAGCUAGUCACCAGCCACUUUAAGUUUAAGGGUUUGUACGUUUCUGUUUGCACUGACACUCGCACAGGUCUUUUAGGAUCGUUGUUGCGAUGACAGACUCUACUGUGACUUAUGAGAUUGGUAGUGUCAAAAAUGUUCUCCCACUUUGAAUGUUUGCUAAUUUGAUGCAAAUUGCAAUCCUACAGUCGCUCUCAGAAAGUAUGAAAAGCUUCCAAAACGACCACACAGUUUUCAGUGCCGACGUUAACACAUCAUACUGGUAUGGACAUUCACGGAUUUAUGAGGUCAUAGGAGCGACCAGGCGCGCUGUGUUUAUUGUGAUUGUUUUAUCAGUAAAAAUGUUCCACUAUUUUGAGUAUUUUCCCAGUGGCAAGACGUAAGGACAAUGUGGGAUUUAGGAAUACAUACUUUAGGCUUAAAUAUCCAAUAGGAUGUGAACACUUACAUGUAACAUAGAGAGUGACAGCAAUUCAAGCUAUUCAUGGGUGUGCUCUUAGAAUGGUCGAUGCAAGAAGAGGGAGAUAUAUGGGGAUGCUGUGGGAGAAAUCUUCAGACUUGGGGGGGACAAUUGCUCAUAGUACUAUGUUAACCUUUGUAUAUUUUCUCACCUUCUGGUCUCCUUGAUGCAUCAUGUCUACAUUAAAAUCUUCUGCAUUAGA